AUCCAUGCAGCAGUAAUUGCAGAUCAAGGAGCAUUUCGAAAUAUAAACAGUGUGAGUUUUGCAACUAUAGAUCGAGUCCUUAAACGAAACCAUGUCAGAAUGAAGCAGCUGUACAGAGUUCCAUUUCAAAGAAACUCUGACAUCGUAAAGGAGGCACGAUUCCAGUAUGUGCAGAGAAUAAUGGAGUUUGAAGCUGAAGGGGCACAUCACAAAUUCAUUUUUGUGGAUGAAGCCGGCUUCAACCUCUGUAAAGUGAGGCGACGCGGGAGGAACAUCAUUGGGCAGAGGGCCACUGUCACAGUGCCAGGUCAGAGGGCUGCCAAUAUCACCAUGUGUGCUGCCAUCUCCAAUGAUGGAGUCCUUUGCCACAUACCAACUAUUGGCCCAUACAAUACAGAACGCCUCAUCACAUUUCUUGAUGCAUUGAAAGAAUUCCUGAUUCCACCCGAAGAGAGAGGGCUGUUGAGGCCUGGCAUGACUCUGUAUGUCAUAAUUUGGGACAAUGUGGCUUUCCACCACUCUUGCCUUGUGAAUGAAUGGUUUGCAGCACAGCCUCGUAUUAUGAUACAAUUCCUCCCUGCAUACUUUCCUUUUCUGAACCCAAUCGAGGAGUUCUUCACUGCUUGGAGGUGGAAGGUGUAUGAUCACCGGCCAUAUGAGCAGAUGCCCCUCCUGGAGGCAAUGAAUGCUGGUUGCCUGGCAAUAGGUGCAGAGGACUGCCAGGGAUGGAUACGCCAUGCAAGGAGGUAUUUCCCUCGGUGCAUUGCAAGGGAAAACAUUCAAUGCGAUGUUGAUGAGAACCUGUGGCAUAAUCGUCAAGAACGAAUGGACUAAAUGUGAAAGAUAUAAUUUAUUUUUUUUAUUUUAUUUUUUUAUAAAGGUAUUUCCACCCAUAAGUUUCCUUUGGUCGCUUUUUUUUUUCCAGUAUCCAUUUGAGUUCGUAAAGUUUCAUAUUGAUGGCUGCAUUUUGUAAUUUGUUGUCCAUUGUGUAAUGAUUGAUUGAAAGAAUAAAUUAAUUUGACCAAGUUGUGGUGUUUGAUGGAAAUAUUUGCUUAUGUUGCAUGUUUUGUGAGUGUUAGAGCAUUUUGCUAACAAAAUGAGUCAUUUUGGCCAUUGAGCUUCAGUUUUAUCCUGUGUG